GGUUUGAGUUCGUUGCCACUAAAAAGUUUGUAGAGACGUGAACGAGUUCGGCUAAUUAUGCAGUCAACGAAUUAAAAUUAAUAGAAGUAUGAACAGAUUGUGACAAAAGGUGAGCGUAGAGGUCUUAGUUAAGAGUAUAACCUGUAGUUUGCACAUGGGUUGUUUGUCAAUAUUUUCAGGAAGUGCAAGCGAAAUACACUUUUGAACCGCAAGUGUAGAGAUUUCAUUUUUUUACUUUUACAAGGUUAAAGCUACACUUUUUUAAUCUUAAACUUAUCUUAGUGAACCUGUAGUCUUAAUAUUUUGUUCAGACCAUACAAAGUUGGAGUUGCUACUUUAUUUCAGAUAUAUUCGAGGUCAUGGGGGAAGAUUUUAGUUCGGGACUUUUGGAGGGAUCUCCUACUACAUCUGGAGUACCCAUUGAGCACCUGGACUAUGGAUACAUAGAAAAGUGUUCUAAAAGCAAGGAACUGGAAAAGAUUCUUAGAGUUUUGCGGUAAGAAACUGUUUUUGAUUGUUGCAUCUAUUUCCGGUUUGCAUCGUGUUAAGAUCUGAUCAACGAUCAAUUCUCCCCAUCCUAUGAUUGAGGUGCGUGUAAAGCCUCAAACACUUUUUUGUGGUUAGCAUACAACUUCUCUCCCUAAAAUUUCAAUGCAUUAUACAGUAAACUGGUCAUGAGAAUCUACACACUUAUCAGUUCAAGGGCAGAAGCUUGAUUAAGCACCAUAUUUUCGACUUAAGUUUGAGUCAAUGUCUUGCCAUAUUAUAGGAGAAUAAGUACAAGGGUAUAUGAAGGGUGGUCCCUGGGGUGCCCCUGACCCCCCUCUUGUAAGUCAUUUUUGUCACAUAGAGUAAAACAUGACAUGGAGGUUGACAUAACAGUCUUCGACAUGGUGUGACACCACCCCCCUUUUGAAAAAUCCUGGUUACACUCCUGAAGUAGUCAGAUCUUGUGAGUUCAAGGGAGUUGUGAGGUACUCCAUAUCAUUAAAUAGACAUAUUUCUCCUCCUUUAUACCAAACUCCCACCUUCCUCCUUCUUCCUUCCUCCCAUUGGGUACAAGGUUCAAUAAUUUGAACAAUAUGUUGGAUUGAAAUUCAGCCAUAGCAGGAAAGAAAUGUUUUGAUCUUCUAAUGGCAGACACUGACUUCUUCCCCUCCCUCUCUUUUGUCUUGCUGAAUUUCAGGUCUGGCGAGGAAGGCCAUUAUCCAGAGCUUAUCAAAUUCACAGAGGAAAGAUUACAGAAGGUAAAUCCGAAAAGGUGAGUUUAGCAAACUCUAAUAACCUUCUUUUGUAAGUCAGACUGAGGAUGUUUGACUGGAGGGGCUGUGUUCACUAAAGAGGUCAUGGAAAUCCAACCUAACAGAUGGUGGUAAGUGGCCUAGAGAAUGGAGUUAGACUGCAGAUAACUACAUUGUAUCCCUGAAAUCUUUAUCUGUGGCGUCUACUUGAAAUUAAUGUUGUUAUUUUCUUGUUAUACAUUUGAAAUGGUGCUGCUAUUUUUGUUGAUAAAUCCCUAUUGUAUGAGACAUAUCUUAGUUCCCUUCUCUCAAUCUCUUUCUUUCUCUGAUAGCAAGAGUCUUCGUAAAGAACUCCCCAUCAACACUUAUCGCGAUUUGACUAAAUCAGAGCACCAGGAGAUAACAGAUGACUUGCAGGUUUGUGUCUUGUUCUUAGUGUUUUCACCCACAUGUCAAUGAAGGGUUUGCACUCACAGAGGUGGAUUCCAGCAAUAAGUAAUCUUAGUCCAGACUAUGAAAUGCAAAUUACAAAGGUUGGAAUCAAAUCACUCAAAUCCAGGCCUGUCAAAUUCUUAGCUAGGUAUUGCCAUUAGCUUAUUUUUUGGCUUCCUGUAACUUCAUUUUGAGUUAUAUUAGGAACCUAAGAAUGUGGAAUGGUUUGAUCAUAUGUAUCUUAUGGCUGUGUUCCUGAUUAUGACUUUUGUAAGAUAUGGGGUAAAUACUGGGCUUGAGAGCCUCAUUACAUUUCUGAUUCACUACCCUUGCAAAUACAGGCCUUAAAUCAGUUUGUACCUGUAACCUAAACAUUUUGCACUUCUUGGAGCCCUGCUCCUGUUGUUGUAGCUUUAGAUGGUAGUAGUUGAAAUAUGGGUCAUCUAGAGCUUUUGGAAAUGUAAAUACCGGACAGAGUAUUUCACUGCAGGAAACGAUCAGAUGGUAGUUUUCUCUCACACUGUGCUAAUCCCAAGCUAUCCAUUUUUUUUGCAGGAUUGGAUGGCAAAUAUCAAUGAAGAGGAUGAGGCAUUGAAGAAAUUAGGUGGAACUAAAGGAAUGGAAAAUGAUAAUCUUCCUCCUAUUAGAACAGCAGUCAGAAGUGAAAAACCUCCUGCUGAGGUUUGUUUAAAUAUUGUGUGGAAUUCUUUGCAUAUGUUAAGGAAUGAUUUUUAUAACACACUACAGGAUAUGAACAUUUUAGUCAGGAUCUCAUACCCAUGGUUGUAGACAGGGUUGUCAGAAAGCUUUGUUAAGGGAGCACACUGUAACCCUUUUUUUUCCCCACUUUGAUUGCUUACAUAAAUGAUAUCAUCCAUGAAUGAUUUUAGCAUAAUUUGGCCCAUCUCUCUCAUUAGCAGCCUCAAAAACCUACAGCUGAAAAGAAGAAGCCAGUGACACCACGUAGCUAUCAUGAAUGGGACAGGUAAAUGAAAACUGCUUGAAAUGUUACAGGCUACUUCAGUUGCAUCCAUCUGCAUCAUUGGCUGUGAUGUGAUGCACUGCAAAUCUUCACACUUUGCUUUCCUGCAUGGCAGGAUUUGCCAGUUCAAUGCCACUGUCUUCAGAUAUAAACUCUUGGUGGAUUAUAUUCUAACAGCUGAUGGAGGAGUUCUGGUUUCACAAGAAAAGUGAUAAUAUCACCUCUUCUUCUAACCUUAGGCAGUGAUUGGCAAUCAAAGGUGUCUAUGCCUGAGGUUCUCUGAUUUUAGGGGAUGAUUCCCUUUAAUUCCUUCCCAUUACUUCUCCCAUUAGAGUAUAUUUUAUUUCCUGAUUUGUGAGAGACUUUUUUUAUUGGUAGAAAGUCCUGAAUGCACUCAAGAAAAUUUUGCAUGUAAGUCUUGCUCCAUACUCAGAGGCUUCAGAACUAAUUAAUGCUAACAACAAUGUCAGUUUGUCCUUUUACCUUUUUAUUCCACAAGAUUUGAUCCUGAUAAGGAGAUAGAAUCUUUGGAGAAACAAGAGGAGAAAGAAAAGAAAAAGAAGCAGGAGAAAGUGAGGGCAACCAACAAGAAUGCAAUUUCAGCAAAUGUGGAUUUGACAGGUAAUGUGCAGUUAUGCUUGAGGUAUAUGAAACAAAAUGGAGAGAUUUGAAUUUGAAGGCUGCUCUGACAGAUUCAAAAAUUGUAAACUGCUCAAUACAGUCUGGCCAAAUUCCCCCUGCAAAGUGUUGUUAAGUGCCAUGAGCUGAUGGAUAUGGUGCUAUAUAAAUACUUCAUCGUCAUUAUUAUUAUUUAAAGUACCUUUAACUCCCAUGAGUGACCAAGCCAUAAUUUCUCCUUACAAUAUCAAUACAAUAUCAAGCAGACAAGUGAUAAGAAACAAGAAAGAUCUCAAUUAAGGGAUUAUUAGUUGACCAAUACCAAAUUCUCUAAACUAACAUCACAAGAACUGUAUGGCAGACAGUAAGGAGAAUUACAAAUGAGAUCUUAGGAGUUAAAGGGUUAAGAUGAGUCGCUAAAUAAAAUCGAGACACAUGGGGUAGUGAUUAACUUGUUGGAAUUUUUAUAGAAAGGUCCAGGUUUAAGUUCCAUCCUAGAUUACUGCAAUGUGGUCUUGGAUACUUAGGUAAAAUACUCUAAAAAAAAUGAAGUAUGACACUUGGUGAAUGCAUGGGCAUUCCAUUUCAUUUAUGUAUUCUAUGGGGAUAGUUGGCCAAACUAAGUAAACAGUGACUGAACAUUCUUUAAUCAAUUCUUUUCUUCUUCUCCUCCACUGUUAACUAUGGUAUGGUAAAGUCAACCCAUCUGGCCACUUAUCUCUAACAGUUUCUCUAGCAGGGCAUAAUUAGGGCUACAGUUGAUAGACAGUUCAUGGCAUGCUAUCCCCAAGCAGUUUUGCCAUGGGUCUAGGGAAGCACUGAGGGAGACAAUUGUCUUGCCUAGUGCGAGGCAUAAGGAUCUACACAGAAUACUGACCAUUAUGCUUGUGUCUCCUACAAAUUUAUACUGCUUGAUAACUACCUUGUCAUUAUAAUUCUUUUUCAAGAUUCUUUUCUUUUCCUCUCUACAUUUACAGGAAAGAGUGACACGGAGAGGAAAAUCCUUGCUACCAGAGAAAAGGAGAAAGGAAAUGAAGCAUUCCAGAGUGGCCAUUACUCUGAAGCUUUGACCUUUUACUGCCGAAGCAUUGAACUGGAUCCAAAAGCAGCAGCAGUGUACAACAACAGGGCACUUGCAGGUAUAAAGUGCUCACAGUGCACCCACUGAUGAUGAUAAGAAAUUAAAGUCUUUCCUGUUAUUGUCAAAAUAUUGUUACUUCUGAUGUGAAUUGUAUAGUUUCAACUGCUUGAUGUACAUAAGCCUUCUUCUGGAAAUGAAGAAGAAGGGAUACAUGUCACCUUUUGGUGAAAAGUGUGUUGUCAUUUUAAUUUAAUAGCAUAUUUUCUUUCCCUAAAGAAAUUAAACUUGGAAAGUUCCAAGAAGCUGUUGAUGACUGUGAUCAUGUGCUUAGUAUAGAACCCAAGAAUGUAAAAGGUACUACAUUUAAUGAUUCACAAUAAUUAUUUUCGCAUCCAACUGUAUUUGUUUCCAAUAGUUAAAUUAUGAAGGGAAAAGCUAUCCAUCUUGAAAAAUGUAGGCUGGUAAACAUUUUGUUUUAAUGUUUCGGUGUGUAAUCUGUGUUUUUCUUUGUGAUUCACAAUCAUUCUUGUUACAUUUUAGUUUAUAGUUUCCACCUUUGUGAAUUAUCAUUCAAUGCUUCUUUGAAUGAAUGGACAUUUUUACAACAUCCAAACGAGUAAUUGUGACUAUCACAAAAUGCUUCAGAAAUCCUUUCAUUUUGAAGGAAAUACAAAGCUAACCUAUUACCUUCUGUCAGCUGGUAUUUGAAGUAAGGUCAUGCACUGAACUCUCUUUCGCUUUUGUUUUCUAAGCUUACUUGAGAAGGUCCAUAGCUCAUCGAGGGAAAGGGCUUAAUGAAGAAGCAAGGAAGGAUCUUAAUCAAGUGCUUUCUAUUGAACCUAAAAAUAAACGAGCCUUGGUAUGUGUUGAUAAAAAUUUUAACAUGUUUUUGUCAUUCUCAGUCAUUUAGUGGUAUAUAUAAAUCAGAGUAAUUUUGCUUCAAUUAGUUACUGCUGAUUUGUUUUAACACAGGAAUUGCUUGAUGAAUUAAAAAAGAAAGAAAACAGGUAACUAUUGUUGUGUAGUGUAAAUUAAGAAUGAUGUUUUUGUGGUUCUAGUUGAUUUGUUCUGGAAUGUUAUAUUUCUAUAAUAAAUUAUCACUAUUUGAAGUGUUUUAUUUGCAUAAGACUCAAAGCUUUUUCUUACCAACAUAACAUGUUCACAUCUGUAUGUGUUUCUUAUUAUGGAGGUUAUCAGUAAUUUAAGCCUUUAGCGCCUCAGGUUGUUUAUCACACUGUCGAGCACAGGUAUGGUGCCAACUUCCGAGGUUGAGAAAAACAACCAAAUGAAAAUAAAAAGCAUAGCUUUUUGGUAAUAGUAGUUGGUUGGAGUUGUUGUAGAAAGUAGUUGAAGCUGGAGUCAGAGUUGGGGUUAAUUAGAGAGAAGUUACUGUGAUUCGAGGCUUAUAGUACAUGUAGCGAGCUUGCUUAAGGUAGACAACUCCUAACAUCUCAACAAUGUUUAUCGCUGCCUCACAUUUGACUGUUAUUACUAUUUCGCUAUGGAUUUAAGUUUGAUACAUGUUGUACAAGUAUUAGUUCGUGAAGUGUUUUAAGUUGAGAGUAUCCGACCUAUUUAGAUUCGCGCGUGUUUUUGAACACAGUUUUCAAAAGCCACAGAGGAACUUUUUUUUCGUUUUCCCAUGGCCUCCUCUAAGCACGAGAGGGUGAAGGGGGUAAGCUAGGAAGGAGGUUGGGUGAGUAGGGGGGGGGGAGUGGCACAGGGAGAAUUCUGUGCGUCUUUUUACUUGGGUUUUUUUUUACUUCUGUUUUAGCAAAAGUGAAGAACACAGCAAGCUUGGUGGAAAAUCAGCGGAAUCACACCGAGACAAAAGUGAAUUAAAUGGCUCUGAAAGAACUUCUUCUAAUAAUCAUAGUUCUGUUAAAACUGAAAAAGUGUCGUCAAUGAAACCCAAAGGAAAAAGGAUGAAAAUCAUCGAGGUUGCGAGUGAAAAUGAACCAGAAACUUCUGCAAAAUCAAAUGAGGAAAGGAAUAUUAAUAAAACGUCAACUAAAUCAUUUACUCAUUCAGCAGACAAAGCAGAAGCCAAUCAAAGAACUAUGGAUGGUGAAGGAGUGCAAUCGAGCGAUAAGGAAGAAGUUAAAAAACAGCCCCAACUACCUGGAUUAGUGCAGAAGGCUCAAGAAGAUGCCACACGACUGUUUAAACUGGGAAGAUUUGCUGAGGCAGCGGAGCAGUUUACACAAGCUAUUGAUAUACUGAAGCAAAGUAAAGAAGGUACAGAUUGAUAUUUUUGAUUAUUAUUAUUUCAAAGUUAUUGAACAUUUCAAUGUAGCAACUAAGUUAAAAACGUAAAGGAUUUCAAGGGAACUUCUUCAAUUUAUGAACCAUACUGUUUACCGAGACUGUGCUCGGUAAUAUUUGACUGAAACCCUGAACUUCUUUGGACAGAUUGAGCUGCUGUAGUCCUCUUAAAACCGACUCCAGGACAUGUCAGAUACUUACGGUAUUCACAUGACUCAGAGGAACGAAACAGAACAAGUUAACUUCACUGGCAGAUUGAAACUAACGAACGAUACUCGGCACUUACAGCUAAUGACAACACACCAAACAUAGCCAAUACUUUUUCACGAGCUAACACUCAAUUGGGAAAUAACUCCUCACUUGACCCAGAUGAUGACUUCCACUCAACACUCCAACCCCUAACUUCUUCUUACAGCAUCAUCCUUGAAUCAAACAUUACGGUCUUGAUGAGAAAAGGAAAGGAUCGCUUACGAAAGAGGCUGUUAAUCUUUAAACAAAUUUUGUUUUAGUAACAGGCAAUGUAUAAACAACAAUAUGGAGAAACUACAAUUUGAUGUCAGGGUGUAAAGGGUCGCUAUCUCCGCUAGCAGUCAUUUUUCAGAACUACCAUCAACUGGAAGAUCAUAAAACAGGAUCAGUUGAGUUGUUUUUGGCUAUUCUUAUCUGCAGAGAAAGUCGUAUCCCGUCACGCCAUGUGUGCUUUGCUGUGUAACCGUGGCUCGUGUAUGAUCAAGAUUGGUGACUGUACUAGUUGUAUAAAUGACUGUACAUCUGCCUUGGAGGUUUCACCGGGUGCUUUCAGACCACUCCUCAAACGAGCCGAAGCAUACGAAAUCUUAGAAAAGUAAGAGGUUCUUUUAGUUUGAUUUUGAUACUUUCAAGCACAAAAUUGAGACAUGAGGCGUUCAAAUUUGUACACGUUACGAAGGAUCUCUUGCGAGAAACAAGUGGUACCUGUAAGAGUUAGUCAUGCAACUCGCGAGAUCGAAACGCAAGUGGAGGAAAGCGCAAGGAAAGCGCAAGGAGAGUGUAAAAGGCCAGUAACGUGCGAGAGGAGGAGCUCCUUCCCCGCGUGUAUCUCACCCCUCGCGCGCGCUUUCCCGCGCUUUCCUUGCACUUUCCUUGCGUUUGCCUCCGUUCGCGUGAAAAACGCAAACGUGAGACAUGACACCAUUAACUUCUGCGUUCUUGAUUGUUGUUGUGCCAGGUUCGACAAGGCUUGGCUGGAUUACCAAAUGGCGCUGAAAAUCUCUCCCUCAAAACAGCACUGCAUUACAUGGAAACUACAGGUGAUAACUUCAUGAAGGUUUUUUAAAAUCUAGGAGGACAUAAAUAAUACUUUUUCGUUUUGUUAUUUUUCAAUUUUUCCAAGGAAUAAUUACCAUAUGUUUUCUCUGUACACUGAAGUUAUUUAGUGUGAUAUACCCUUGCGAAAUUUUUUUUGGGGGGAGGGGGGAUGUAGUUUUCCCCCCACUAUCUUGCCACACGUGUUCAUUGGUCCAUCUCUAACUUUUCAAGUUUGCAAACGUCUAAAUACGUCAACUUUGGCAGCAAAAGAGUGACUUUAAUUCUACUUGUGUAGGACUUCAAAACAUCUAGAACAUCGGCUUGGAACGAACUGGAGAAGGAAAGUUUCCCCAAUGGAAUACUCACCAGUGAUCAAGUCUUCUGUAGCGCUGCCUACCACUGACAGCUCAUCAGCUCACCCUACCCCUACACAGUCAGCUGAAGAAGCUACAGACCAACUCCAUCCCUCCCCUCCACAAGGGAUAACCGAAAGCAUGCCAACCACCACUCAUCCUACUGUGGAGGCCCCUGUUGAUCCAGCUGUGAGGUUUGCACAGUGUAAAGAAGAAGGGAAUUCGUUAGUAAAACAGGUAGAUAACGUGUUACUUUUGUUGCUGUUGUUUUUAUGCCAGAGUGUGUUUAUAUGUUUCCUUAUGUUACAAAAACGAAGUGCUGCUUUCGCUUUUGUGUACUUUUGUUUGUUUGUGUUUUUUCAUUUACUUUUAUCAUACGCGCACAAGCCAUGGAGUCCGCCAUGUGGAAAUUUUUGUAAUUAAAAAAAAUCUUUCACGUGAUAGAACGUGUAGUCGAUCCUUCGUGCAAAUUUUAAACGUACUUAAAAUCCAAGGUAUAUUUUUAUUUAGAGCAAGGGUAUUUCUCCUUUUCCCGUAACAGAACCGCUGCGAGGAAGCUGUUGCGCGAUACACAGAAUGCAUUAAUAUUGAUCCCAUAAACGUAGCAAUUUAUACAAACAGAGCACUAUGUUACCUGCGACUCAAUCAGGUAAGAGGCUGAACCCUGUUAAAAGUUAAAAUUAAAAGUUCUGGAUACUUGUAUUUACCUUAUUUUUACAUUCCUUAAGAGAGUACGGACCUCUCUUUCGUCUAGCAAACAUUGACUAUUCUUUCUUUUACUUAUUUAUUCCAAAUUUUUUUAUUAUUAUUUGGAUUCUCUGAAAACUAAUCAGUUUCCUUUUGUCUCAAGCACGAGCUGGCAAUGGAUGAUGCAACAGAAGCUCUGAGACUUCAACCUGAUAACGUGAAGGCUCUUUUCAGGAGAGCACUCGGCAAAAAGGUUUGUUUCAUUGCCGAGAGAGAAACAUGUAGGGUAUGACCUUAAUGGGUGGAUUCGAUGUAACAUUAAUGUGAUUCAACCGCAAAUGAUAAGAAAACAAGAGAGAAAGAAUGACGCCUUUUUUUUCCUUUUAAAAAACUUAACACCCGAAAUAGCGGGAAAGAAGGUUCCCACUGACUCACGUUUCGUGAGGCUUACAGCUGGUAAAUAACAGCAAACUGACUAAUCACUUUCUACUAACCGGACUAAUAACACUCAACCGACAAAAAAUCUCAUUAGACUUCUUCUUUAUGGUUACUUCUGCUCAGUUUGUGAACACAUCGGUCACCACCCCCCACAGUAAUCCUUUCCUGGACUACUCUUAUACAAACAAUCAGACUACACGCCCUAGUUCAAACCGUAUACAGUAGUUGGAAGAAGUUGCUCAUCGUGCUUCAAGUUGUAUCGAUUUCAAUGUGUGUUAGUUACUGUGUACCUCAUAUUAAGUGCUGAAUAUUUUUUUCAACCAACUAUAGUGUUCGUAACAUUCUGUAGUCAUCACAAUUGUUGCUCUGUUGGUAUUUGACAGGCGUUAGGGCAGUAUGAUUCAGCUGCAAGAGACUUGUUAUCCCUCCAGAAGAUUGAACCGAAAAAUGCUGCCGCCAAGAAAGAAUUAAAAAUUGUUCUUGAGAUGUGCCGUAAGGUAUUCCAACAAGACUCUGUUUUCAUUAGUAAAGACUGACUGUGCUGGGAUAUUGCCCACCUGCAAUAAGAUACCAAAUGAACGCUUUGUACUUGUGUUUACGUAUUUCAAGUUUUUUCUUUCAUAGUUCAAAAAAAAGGAAACUCAAACUGUGAUCAUGCUCACUUUUGGCAGGAACGAAGGUCAUCACACGACAAAAAUGCAAAACUUAAAGAAAGAAAAGAGGAAAAGAAAGCCGAACAACAGGCACCGAAAAUUAGUCACGAAGAGACGAAAAUUAGUCACGAAGAGACGAAAACAAAAUGGAAAAGAGUAACAAUAAGGGAUGUACAAGAUAGAGACCACGAGGUAGGUCGAGUAAACCCCCCUCCCCACCCCCACAAAACACCAAAAAAAGGUGUCUUUUCCGGACUCUAUUUUUAUCUGGACUGAGUUCCUUUUAACUGGUUAUGGAAUCUCCUUUUGAGCGAUCAGAACAACGAGAUUUUACCUGAAUAUUGUCAAGCCCAAAAACGACUAACGCGUAAACAAGUUUGAGUAAUACAACGGUUUUUUUCCUCGCACCCCAACAACGUAUGGGUGUUCGAGGAUGGUACAACGAGAGAACGCUAAAGGAACCACAUCUCCCUUCUCUUGUUUGUGUCAGGUCUUCAGCACGCUAUCCAAUAAGGAUUGUGAUUUCAGAGUUCACUUCCCGCCGUAUAAGCCUCUGGUGUAUUGAAGUCAUACUUGACCCUUGCGUAUCACGUAUGUGCUGCCUUCCCGUCCUCUACUAUGACUGAUGCUAUCUUUUGUCUCCCAGGAAGACGAAGGGCCAGUCCCCUCGCCGAAACAGCCGUCUCCUUCUACAGCUAACAAGCUUUCAGAUAAAGCGCCAAUUAAUCCAAUGGAAGGGACCACAACUGGAAGGCCAGUCAAGCUUGCAAAGGUUGACAUCUUUAAUGAGCAGUGAUACUGUUUUCAUCGUCAUUUUCACUUCGUUUGCUUCUUCUCCAUCCUCUAUCUCUGAUCCUUUUUGUUUCACAAUUCCUUCCUUGGUGAUUGACGAUCACUUCAACGUUUUAAUCGAUUUUGAAUUUUGCGGAUCCUACGAUAUCUUCGCAAAAAAAUUCGUGGCCCUUGAUGAAGCUUCUGAAACAACGAGAGUUGUAUCCAUCACUGUGAGAUUUCAUUCGAUUUUGAAUUUUCAUCCUCAUUUUCGGCAGAAAAUCGUGAUCCUUGACGUAGCUUCUGUAACAAUUGAAGUCUUAUCACUUUCAUCAACGUCAUGGCGUUACAUCACUUAAGUUUAUACAUGGUUGUUUUUCAUUAGAAAACGCCGUAUGAUUUCUUUCAAGCGUGGAACUCGGUGAAAAAAAAUGAUACUAAAGAUUAUGCGGAUUUACUGAGGCAGCUAGAGACGAAACGCCUCACCAAAGGUACAAAGUCCGUAAAGAUACUUGUUAUGCUGAAAAUGGGGAACGGGGGAGGGAGGGGGCGGUCUGAGGUGGGGUGUGUGUGAAAGGAAGGGAAAGGAGAGAGGAGUGAUAGGGGAAAGAAUGGGAUUAAAAGACAAACAAGGGAAGAGGGAAUGGAGGAUGAAAAAAGGAGAAUUAGAGAAUAACAAGGAGAAAAAGAAAUGGGAAAUAGAAGUGGAUAUGUGAGAGAGGGAGGAGGGUUCAGAAAAAGCUCACAUGAGGGAAGAAUAAGAACCGUUAAUCGAUAACGGAUGAGAGGAAAGUGGGAUACAGAUCAAGAAAGAAAGAAUGGGAAGAGAAAGGGAAUUAAUUUAAAGGGGGGUCGAUAGGGAGAGAUAGGUCAUGUGGGAAAGGGGAGGAUAGAAGGAUAUUAAGAAAGGGACACAAAAGAGAAUAAGGGAAAAUGAGAAUAUAAAUUACCAAGUAAGGGGCAAAGUUUAGAGGAGUCCUCAAAGAAGGUCGUGUACUGACAUUGUAUGUUUUUUUUUUGGUCAGUUCUCAGUAAUAAACUUGAUGCUCCAAUGUUAAGUAGCAUUAUAGCAGCCCUCAGCCAGGAAAUUGUUCCACAAGGUAAAGACAAACUUUAGCUUUUUAAUUCAAGAACAAUUGAGGAUUGAAACCUUAGUCGGAGUGGAGUCAUAAUCUUAUCCUAUGAUCACUUUGUUAUUGUAACAGGAGAAGAAAAACUUGCUUGCCACAUUCUGGAAGAGCUUAGUCAUGUUGAACGAUUCGAUAUGGUGUUGUUAUUUAUGUCGUCUAAAGAAAAGAAAGGUGAGAAACUUGGUUUUAAACUUCAUUUUGUUGUUGUUGUUGUUGUUUCAAAAAAUUGUUUCUUUGGGCCAGUUACAGCAAUUUAUCAACUCAUUUCUGUUAUUAGAACUUCAACAGCUUUUCUCCAACCUUCAAGUUGCGAGGGACCAGAAGAAGUUUGUCACAAGUGAUGAAUUUGAACAGCUACAAAAGAAGUACUGGAAUUAG